UUCCUUGCCCGAACAAAAACAGAAUCGCGUCCAUCUUUUCCUUUGGCAUAUUACAAUAAGACAAUUCCAAUCUCUCUUUCACUCCCUUUUAAUCCUUUCAAUUUCUUAUGCAUCUUCAUACCCAAUUGGAUGGCUCGUCUGCUCCAGUCUCUCCGUCGCGUCUUCGGCCUGACUUCAUCGAAACGGAACCCCGUCCUUGAUGCCUUUCCACGAUCCAUUGAUACUGAUUUCUCCGUCUUCAAAGAUGGAGAUAGAGCUAUAGUUCAUGGGAAGCAUCCGCUGCUGACGAAGCCUUUGAAGAAAGGUAGCAAGACCGAGGUUCGUCGGGGGGUUCUUAGGCAUGAUAGCAUCAUCGGCCAGAGGGUGCGAGAUCUCAUACAGGCUCAUAAAGGCCCUGAAUACCGACUCAGUCACCCAUCCCUCGAUGAAUAUGUCGCCUUGACUCCUCGUUUGGUCACGCCGAUUUACUCGGCAGAUGCCAAUCUUAUUGUCUCGCUACUCGAUAUUCACGUCACGCCGCCAGCAGCAGGGGAGGGAGAAGGACCAGGAUUACAAAAGCCAUUGGAGAUUCUGGAGUCUGGAACUGGUCAUGGAUCUUUGACGUUGCACCUGGCGCGUGCUAUUCAAGCCGCAAACUCUCACCCACCUCCGCUACCGUCAAAAUCCCAGAUCCGGUACCUGCAGAAUCGACCAACGCGGCCAGGAGAGGAUGAAGAGAAAGAGGUCAAGGAGAGUGCGGGGAAAUUGAAGGAAUCGGAUAAUAAAGGCGGUACUACUGGUGACGACAACACAAUCCAGCAGCAGUGGGAUACCUGGCGUGCUCAGCGGAGAGCCAUCAUUCACACCGUGGAUGUCUCGCCCAAGUUCUCUCAACAUGCCGAGAAGAUCGUACGAGGGUUCCGUCGUGGCAUCUACGCGGGCAAUGUCGACUUCUACGUGGGUCAUGUGGAAAACUGGAUUACAGAGCAGACGAAACUGCGGUCAUCAUCAUCAUCACCGGGUCUGUUUUCUUUCAACAAGUCCGCUGUUCCGGAGCCGUUCCUGUCCUACGCUAUCCUCGACAUGCCGUCUGCUCAACUGCGUAUUCCGCACGUGGCUCCCAUUCUGAAACGGGACGGCAUCCUGGUCGUGUUCAUGCCGAGUAUAACCCAGAUUGGCGACUGUCUGGACCUCAUCCGCCGACAGCAGCUGCCGUUCCUUCUCGACAGGGUCGUGGAGCUGGGCUCGGGGAUUAGCAGUGGUCGUUUGUGGGAUGUCCGGUUUGCAGUGAAGAAAUCCCGUGCCGAUCCUUCGUCGUGGGGGGAGGAAGCUUCUCUGUCGGAAUCGGAAGAAUCCGGCACUCAGUCGAGUGAGGAGAAUCCUAGACAGAAGGAUACUGAGAGUACUCUUCCUUCUGCCGAUGAUGUGCAGAAGGAAGCCGAUAAUGUACUCGUCUGCAGGCCGAAGGUAGGGACAAGGAUCGUGGGUGGAGGUUUCGUUGGGAUAUGGAGAAGGAUAGAAGAUUCACAACAAGGCUGAAAUGCUGAUGAUGUUUUUGGAUACCCUAUUUUAUACAUGUACUAAUAUAUAGGAUGAUAGAUUUCCAAAUUUCUACACAAAAAUGUACUAUAAGUAG